AUGGAUAACUUCGAGUACAGCAUCCAGCUGAACGACAGGGACUGGGCUGAAUUCUUGCAGGCGGCCGAGGAAUGCGACCUAGCGCCGGCCUCCCUGGCCACGGCGGAGGAGCAGUGUCUCAGUGACAUUGAGCAAGGGGACGGCGUGCCCGCUCCGCGCAGCGCCAGCGUGGACGGGGAGCUGGCAGCGAGGCCGGGCAGCGGGCCAGGGGCUGGCAGGGCGAGCUGCUCCCCACGUGGGCUGCCCGGGGCGGACGAGGACGAAGCGGACCCGUGCUCGGCCAGCAGCUUUCUGCGUGGGAGCGACCAGCCCGGCUGUCUGCUGCCCGCUCCCAUGCCCAGCGCGCAGGGGACGCAGCCGCCUAGUCCCCCCGUGGCCGAGAGCAUCCCAGGGCAGGACGCGGCAUGCGAGGUGGCAGCGCCGCAGAUGGCAUCGGGGGAAGGAGCCACGACCACCAGCAGCAGCAGCAGUGGGGCCAUGGAGCCUGCUGGCCACCCCGCUGCACCCCGUGCCCCUGCGCACGGAGGGGAUGCCGGGGGGGAGCAGCCCCGUGGAAGCCCGGUGGCGGCACAAGCGGGUGCCCCAGAUGUUUCGGCAAGAAAAAGUCUUAGCGCAGCUGCCUGCAUGGAGCCUGGGGUGCAGGGACCCCCUCCCAACCUCCCCCCCAGCCCUGCCCCGGAGGCUGCUCCCAGCUGCCCGGCACGGCCCCCAGACCCUGGGCAGAAAGCGGGGCCGGAGCCCAGCUCCCCGGAGGUGGUGAGACCCAAGGUGCCAGCGCAGAUGAGGAAGAGCCGUAAGCAGCGCGGAGCCGGUGCUGCCGAGGUGACCCCGGUGGACAGGGAGCCAGCGGGGACCCCGGCACAGGGCAGCGGGGCACCCACCAGGGCACCAUCGUCCUCCCCGCUGGCCUCGAGGAAGAGCAAAGGGAAGGAGAAGGCGGCCAAGCCGGCACCCAUGCGGCUGGGGAGCGAGGAGGCAGCGGAGAGCAAACGGCCGGCAGCCAGCCCUGGAACAGAUGAGGGAGAUGUGCCCACAAGCAUCCCCCCAAAGCAGAAGGCGAAGGAGCCGGGGGCACAGUCCCCGGGGAAGACGAGGGCCCCCAAGCUCCCCAAAGCAGGACAGGCAGGGGGAUCGGGCGUGCGCGACGACGUGCCGGUGAUUCUUACCACCGCAGCCCCAGACCCUCCAGGAGAGGCGUGCCGGGAGGGGAAGGCUCUCCGUCCCCAAAGCGUGGCUGUCCCUGCAGGGAAUGCUGCCAGGGGGAGCCCUGGGGAGCCUGCAGCUGAGCCCCCCGUGGAGGUGAGCCCCCCAGGCUCUGCAGCCGGGGGCUGCGCAAGGGCAAACUCGCUGGAUGUGACUUGGCCCGAGAUGUACGACUAUUUGUUCUGUGACUCCCAAGGGGAAGAAGAAGCAAUGGGGAACUCGGUGGAGGGCGAGAAAACACCCUUGGAAAGGGAAAUAUCCUUGCCUGAACUGUAUGAAUAUUUUUUCAAUGAACCUGAAGGAAACAGGAAAAAAGUCAAGGGUAAAGAGAGGAAGCGAAAGAAGUUGAGCAGCUUGGACCGCGAUCAGCAGAAAGAGGAACCCGACCUGGCGCUGGUCAAAGAGCCCCAGGCUGCCACGGUCCCGGAGCUGUACGAACACUUCUUUCCUGACAGGCCUUGGAACAGGGGGGGCUGGCGGGGGCUUUUCUUCACCACGCCAGCCUCUGAGGUGAAGAAAGCCGUGGGGGCUUUGAGGUCCUUCCUGCAGAGGCCGAUGCACCUUGGCAGAGGCCAAGUGCCGGUGCCGCCGGCUCUGGCGCGGAGAGGAUCCGGAGAGCCGCUCGCCCUCGUGCCGCUGGGAAGAGGCCAGGCACAGCCCCAAGCUUUGGACAUGGCCCUUGCCCUGAGAGGGAUACCCGAGGCCCCGUUGCCGCUGACCCACAAGGACAUGUGUCUCGUCUUCUGCGCCUUCGCCUCCUGGGCGGUGAAAACCUCCGACCUGCAGGCUCCGGAUGCCUGGAAAACCAUGUUCCUGGCGAGCUUUGGCACGCUGUCCGCCAUCCGCUACUUCCGACGGCAGGCCAGAGAAGGACGCCCGCGGACCUAG